AGAGCGAAAUCGUGAAAUUCCGUAAAAAAAAAAUUCCACUCCUCACUACGCCCUACUAAGUACUCGUAGCUCGCGUUCAACACAUUCACACGUUGCGCUUGUGUAGUGUAUAAAGUAAGAAGUCUAAACACCGAUUUAUGUACUAUCAAAAUAUGUGAUAUAAUUUCGUGGGUAGCACAACGAUAGCGCGAUUCAGCUUUUGCGUCAAGCGCCAUCUAUCAGCGAGAAACGGAAUUGUAAAUUAGAAAAUUAUAUCACAUUAUAAUGCGUUGGGCGUGCCAUUUUCUAUCGCUUAGUCGAAGAAUUUUAUUACCACUCCUACUACUCAUUCAGUGAUUGGAGUGGAAUUAAAAAUAAACUAGCUAAACCGUUGAUUCUGGGCGAAUGAGAGUUAGAAGUAGCAUCCAAAGGCGUAUCUCUAUCACAUGUAGCGCCCUCUAGUGAGUGCGCGGUCAAAAUGGAAUACUCAAAAUGUAGCAGAUUCAUUAAAAGUUAGCCCACUGAGUUUCUCGCCGGAUCUUAUUUUAUUGUUGUUUUAAUAUUAAAUUAUAUUAUUGUCGAUUUAUAAUUGCAUAAGUUGAUAAAAAAUGCUAUGCAAUAGCUUUACCGCGGCAGUCUCCGAGUGCCACACGUCUUUUUAGAAUAAGCAAAGUGGCACUUACAAAACCAAUGUUUCUAAAUCUAUGGCACAAAAUUCCUAGCACUGGAAAUUGAUUUACAUUGUCUUAAUACUUAUGGUCACGACUGUACCCAGAGCACGGCCGGGACAUGGACUGACGUGAGCGAGUCAUCCAGAGGAACUAUUUUGAAGGUGCCUGUUAGGUGGCAGCACUUUCCGCACACAUGCGAAGGAAUACCUGGCACGACUCCGGUGACAACACUCACGAGUAAAAUGCGACUGGGUCCUGAAUCCUUAGACUAAGCAAUAGUUAUAUCCUUUAAAUAAUUAUGAAGAUGUCUACAAACAUUUAAGUCGUUUAAGUGUAGGGUGUCCUUAUUAGUUUACAAGCUGUUUGUUUGAGUAUUUGUUAUUGACCCCUAUCUUACAUACGUAUAUACGUACCCAUAUCAUACGUAACGUAAAAUGAACGACCGGUGACUGUUGAGUGUUCUGUUAAAAUGAUGACUGAUACAUCACUGAGUGUCGACCACCGUCAAAUGACUUGUAUGUAUCCUGGGGGCUCCUCGUGCUCGGGGCCCAGGCUCAGUAAGCGGCGUGGACACAGCGCACGCGCGGCCCCGGCCGGCUCGCGCCAGUGCCGCGCGGACAGCGGUCGGUAGUGUCGCGCCAGCCGCCCGUGCGUCGCGACGUCCUCAGCCGCCCGGACUGCCAGAAUGGUGGACUCGUGUUCCUGUGUAAAGUGCAACUAUAAUAUCAAUCGCAAUCCUGAUGUCUUCAUCUUUGUUGCGAACCUUCCCAUAAUAAUACAGUAAUACUACUUUAAUUAUCCAUUAGUUGUCCUUCAACACACGUAUAUUUUCUGUCGUGUUAUUUUACUGACCUAUAAUAAAGUUAAUGAUUAGAUCUUUAAGAUAGAGUCCAAAUUCAUACGCUGGGUCCAGGCCGGGCUCGUGAAUCACCACCGCCGCCGCCACUGAGACCUGACGAUCCAAUUGUGCUGGAGACUAUAUAGGGGUUGCUUUCAUUGUAUGUGUGUUUCGGAUAGGGAUGGUUCGGCUCCAAGAAAUUAAAAGAGCAGAGGGAGGCGUUUAAUGUAGUGCAGUGGAGCGUGCCGCAUGGCGCCCGAGACGUGACGCGCCAUGCGCGCGCUGCCCGCCGUGCUCACCACGCUCACCGCGCUCACCGUGCUCACCGUGCUCACCACACUCACCGCGCUCAGCGUGCACGCACACGCCGGCCCGCCUGCCCUGCUAGUGCUGCGUUCCGCCUGCUUUCGACAGGACUUGCCUCGUUUGCAUCCAAUACCUCGCGCUACGCUUCUCUCUCAUCAAGAGACAUGCGAUGUUGGUUGGAACGAGCGGGUAACUCGGAGGGCCGUGUCGACUCUGACCGACGGCGGGCUGGUGGAGAUCAUCGGAUGGCCCGGGGCCGCGGUAUGCGAGUCCAUAUCCGUAACGGCGAGUGUACUGCGGCGGCCGCAGCCAGCCUCGUGCCUGAGGCUGAAGGCGCAGGCCGCUGCGGUGGCGGAGCUGGCGCGGAGGCUGCGCUGGUCGCGCGCCCUGCUCCCUCGCGCGCCGCCCUCCUCCGACUGCGAGGCCGCUCUGCGCGAGUUAACGCUCUUCCUGCUAGAGACCGGUCUGCUUGUCCGGCGCGCGAUGCUCUCCGCCCGCGCCUUCGCCGACCGACCGGAAGUUCUCAUUUUAUGCGUAUCGGUGGCUGCGAAGAUCGGCAGCAAGAUAGAGUCGAUGUUAAAAGAUACCGAUGUUGUUAUUUUGCUUCUACAUUUUGAAGAACUCAUGCGAGACGCUACUGACUUUGCUAAUAAAGACAUCGAAAACUUUAAGACAAUGAAAUCUGAAUCAAUAAAAGCAUCAAAAGUCAAUUACUCGUCAGACUCUACUAGCGAACGUGAAAUUAAUGAUCACAAAUUGAAUCAUGAAAUGGUACAAAAUUUAAAUUCACCUCUAAGUUUCUACAACAUUCAUCGAAAAAUGCAAAUCAGGUCUGGCAAGUCCUCUAUGAAUUCAACUGAAUUAAGUACAAAUCAAUUAAUUGUUCCGUUCACGAAACCCAGUGAGGGAAAUCAAACUGAGCCUGCGAAUAUUGUUCACGAAGGUACUCGGUCAUUAGACGACCGUCGCGAUGCUCGCGGAACAACUAUGAGCACCAAACACGCAGAAAUUGAAUCUAGUCAAACGCUGCAAAUUUCUAAAAAAGAUUUAAGAUACCUUGAGAUUUUUUCUCAUUUUAACGACUUGUUUCCUGGGUGGCUUUUAAUUCUAAGUGAAAAUAUAUUCGUCGAGGAACAUCUGACGUCUGAUUCCAUCUCUGAGAAAGUCACAAAAGUGUUGGAGAGCGUUGAAGAGAGCGAGCGCGCGCGCCAGCAGAGCGUGCAGAGGAGGUUCCUCCUGUACGUGCGCAGCGGCGACCGCUCGGCGUGGAGCCGCGCCGCCACGCUCGCCACCAACCUCACGCGCGCGCUCGACGGCGACCGCCCGUGGGCUGCCACCGUCGCACUGCACGACUGGCACGCUCUGGAGCGCUGGAACGGAACCAAGCCCGAAGACGAGCGCGACCAUUGGAACGGCUCCAACAUCCUGGCGACCGUGCUGGGAGCGGGCGGCGCCGUGGUUGUGGCUGCCGGCGGAGCCCUGGCGGCGCGUUGGGAGGCAGUGCGCAGGCGCAGAAGGAGGAGGCGCGAGGACGUAGUGCUCACCCCAUUGCACUUUACCUUUCCCGCCGACGAGGCACGACGCGUCGGUGAGGGUAUGGAGACUAUGCUGUCCUGCUGGCUUCAGCAACUUCAUGAAUUCGGAGGCCCCGAACUGGAGCGACCAGACCUUCUAAAGAGACCUGGGGUCACAGCACGAGUGCCUUCUGCUCCCUCUUCCACUUGCAGUGUCAACCGUGUUGUGGUAGAUAGACGAAUAAGAUAUAAGGGCGAUGCGGUGCACUUGAGGCACUUGCAAGUGACAGGUACAUUGGAGCUCAAACGCAAAUCGACAGAUGUACUUCUAUUGAUGCAAAACUUGCGACAGGAAAAUGUCAAUCCUUUCAUAGGUUGUCUCUGCGAAGGUCGACCGGCGCUGGUGUUCGACGAGUGCUGGCGCGGCUCGCUGGAGGACGUGCUGAUGGCGGACGACAUCAAGCUGGACUGGACGUUCCGGCUGUCGCUGCUGUCGGACCUGGUGAAGGGCAUGCGCUACCUGCACGGCUCCCCGCUGCGCGCGCACGGCCGCCUCUCCUCGCGGAACUGCGUGGUGGACUCGCGCUGGGUGCUGCGCGUCACCGACUACGGGCUGCCGGCGUUGCACCGCACGCAGGGACUGCCGCCCGCGCAGCGCACGCCCAGAGAACUUCUGUGGACGGCUCCCGAACUGAUACGGGAGGCCCGAGAGGGCGGGGGCUGGCUCGCCACGCAGUCCGGGGACGUGUUCUCGUUCGCCAUCAUCAUGCAGGAGGUCAUAGUGCGCGGCGAGCCGUACUGCAUGCUCUCCUUCACGCCUGAAGAGAUCAUCGACAAGCUGUGUCGUCCUCCGCCGUUGAUUCGUCCGUCGGUGUCGAUGGGCGCGGCGCCGCCCGAGGCCGUGAGCGUGAUGCGGCAGUGCUGGAGCGAGGCGCCCGACCUGCGCCCCGACUUCAACCGCCUGCACGACGUGUUCCGGCAGAUGCAGCGCGGCCGAAAAAUUAAUAUUGUCGACUCCAUGUUCGAAAUGCUCGAGAAGUAUAGCAAUAAUUUGGAAGAAUUGAUCAGGGAACGUACAGAGCAACUGGACAUGGAAAAGAAAAAGACCGAACAACUACUUAAUAGGAUGCUGCCGAGAUCAGUCGCGGAAAGACUAAUGUUAGGAUCGCGAGUCGAGCCUGAGGAGUUCGAAGAAGUGUCUAUAUACUUCAGCGACAUUGUGGGAUUCACGGCACUCGCAGCAAGGUCUACAGCGGUGCAGGUGGUGGACCUGCUCAACGACCUGUACACGACCUUCGACGCGGCCAUCGAGCAGUACCGCGUCUACAAGGUGGAGACCAUCGGCGACGCCUACAUGGUAGUGGGCGGACUGCCGCAGCGCACCCGCGACCAUGCCGAGAGCGUGGCCACCAUGGCGCUGCACCUGCUGCACCUGGCGGGGCGCUUCCGCGUGCGGCACCUGCCCGACACCCCCCUGCACCUGCGCAUCGGCCUGCACACGGGGCCCUGCUGCGCCGGGGUCGUCGGCCUCACCAUGCCGCGCUACUGCCUCUUCGGAGACACCGUCAACACCGCCUCUAGGAUGGAAUCUACAGGAGCAGCUUGGCGUAUCCAAAUAUCCAGUACAACAGCUGAGAAGCUACUGGCUGCGGGCGGGUACAAGCUACGAUCCAGAGGGCUCACUCAGAUCAAAGGCAAGGGUGCCAUGCACACGUACUGGCUGCUUGGUAAGGAGGGAUUCGAUCCUCCGCUUCCGACCCCUCCACCGCUUGAUUGCGAAGGUGAGGUCCUGCUGGAGGUGGAGGGAGAGAGCGAGCCUGAAGCGGCUCCCGUGGACUCCGGCCUCUCCUCCGCGUCGCCGGACAACAGGCCAGCUCCCUAUCUCACAAGUUCAGAGCAGUCUCGUCGGCCGGUGUCGAGCGCGACCUCCGCGGACAGCUGCUCGCCGCCGCCGGAGCCACGAGGCUCACGAGCCCUGCUGCCCACCACCAGCGUCGACCACAGCGCGCCCUACGCACGAUAUAGAUGGCUGGGCGGCAACGCACGUACUCUGAAGCGGCAGUGGUCCCUGGAGCGCGGCGACGCGCUGGCGGCGGCGGCGGCGAGCGACGCGCCAGCCGGCAGUCGCGUCACGCCGCGCCACGCGCCGCGCUACCGGACGCGCGCCGAGCCCGCCGACGACGACUAGCGCCAGGAGUCCUCCGCCCGCACCACCGACACCUCCCGAAGCCCGCGCACGCGUCCCUUGCCCCGCGACGCCGCUCGACCGACAAUAAUUUUCGUAGUGAUCUCCUGGACUGUUCGACUUUAUUUAUUUCUAGUGAGAGCGACGUCGAUGUCUAAUGUGAUUUUUUUACGGGUGAUUUUAGAUUUUACUUACCUAUUUAAAAAUUUAAAGAAAAAGAAAUAAAUACUAUUUUUCUCUUA